AUGCUCGGGGCUGGAAGGAUAGACCCUUCCAAUUCAAUCAAGUGUGACAUUAUGUCUUGCCCUAGAGGUAUCAACACCCUUCUUAUAAUUUUUGCAGUGUACGCGUCCUUGCGCCUCGAAUUCGCAGUGCAUUAUAUUAACGGGGUUUACAAAGGGCAACAUAAGUAUCUGUCCCUUGACCAUAUGUCUUUCUCGAAGAGAAAGACCCGCGAAAGAACCGCCCAGCCUGACCGGCAACACCCGCCAUUUUCCUCCCUCCCCCCUGCCUCUUGGUAUGGUUAG